AUGGUUCCGAAUAUUCCAGGUUUCAACAUUUUAUUGGUCCGCCUUGCCAUGGACUUGGCAAAUACAGCAUACAGUGGCAUGCGCGCUUUCACAGGCGGAACUAUGAUGUAUAACAAUUCUAGAAGUGCAAAAGGACAACCAGUUUUUUAUGUCUAUGAAAAGAAUUCCGCUCUUUGGGUUUGCAUUAGAGGUUCAGUAUCACAAGCUGAUUGGGAAACCGAUUUCGAUUACAAGGAAUCUCCUCAUAAAUUUGGAAAUUAUUCAAUAACUUGCCAUGGUGGCUUCUAUAAGAGUGCCAAAUUUGUAUAUAGUAAGAUCAAACAACUUCUUUAUGAUUAUGAUGGCUAUAUUUAUAUAACUGGACACUCUUAUGGUGCAUCCGUUUCAACUAUCGUUUCGUUAAUGGCAAUGACUGAUCCUAAUUUAGCAGGAAAGCUUGACAAAAUAGGUGGAUUUUGUUUCGCUGCGGCUCCAUCUGUUAAUAAGAUUCCUUCUCCAUAUGAUAAAAAGAUUUGCACAUUUGUAUAUAAUAAUGAUAUUGUUCCAACAAUUUCUAUUCCUAAUUCCUAUAACAAUUUCAAACCAAUGAUUCCGAAAUCAAAAGCUUCAAAACCUUUUGUGGUUGGAAUCAUCCAAGCAGCAAUUUCAAUAUUUAACAAUCAGAAGCAGCAAUUUAGUAAAUCUCUUUACAAGGCCAUUAUGGCAAAGGUGGAUCCAAUUGUAGACGACUUAAUAACUUAUAGUAUAAACCAAAGUUACAUUAAAGUUUCAAAUCUUGUUGGCACUGUAUACGCACUAAAUAAUAAAAACGAAAAACUUGAAGCCGAUCUUGUUCCCGGAACAAAAUAUAAACUUGUCUCAAUUUCUGCAACUUCUAUGGAUGAUCACCAUCAAUCUAAAUAUAUUAAUGCUCUUAAGCAUAAAACCGAUUGA